UCCAAACCGAGGCCGUUUUUGAAGUUUUAACCCAGCCCUCUCGUCUUUUUUCGGGUUUCGUCUCGCCUUUCCCUUCCUCGGUCCUUUUUUUUUCUUUCUAUCGGUCUCCUGGAUUUCUCCAAUCUCUGGCUCUCCAGCUUCUCGGAUCCGAGAAUUUUUAGGGACCGGCCACUGGGAAUUCGAAUUUCAAAUAUUGGGGGGAGUUCCAGCGGGGUCCGAUGGCCUCGUCGGUGGUGCCGAAUGUGGCGGCGGUGGCGCUCACGAGCGCGGCGAAUUGGUGGGACGAGGUGAACAACUCGCCUUUGUGGCAGGACCGGAUCUACCAUACACUAGCGGGCCUCUUUGGAUUCGUUGGAGCCGUGGCUCUGAUACAAUUGGUUAGAAUUGAAUGUAGAGUACCAGAGUAUGGUUGGACGACGCAAAAGGUCUUCCAUUUCUUGAAUUUCUUGGUGAAUGGCGUCCGAUCGGUUAUUUUUGCUUUUCGUCGGAAUGUGCAGCAGAUAAAGCCUGAGAUCUUUCAACAUGUUCUUCUUGAUUUUCCUGGUCUUGCAUUCUUCACAACCUAUGCACUGUUGGUACUCUUCUGGGCUGAAAUAUAUUAUCAGGCACGUGCCGUGUCGACUGAUGGGCUUAGGCCAACUUUCUAUACAAUUAAUGGAGUGGUUUAUGCUAUACAGAUAGCUCUGUGGCUGCUUUUGUGGUGGAAGCCUGUUCGAGCUGUUCUCAUCUUAUCAAAGAUGUUCUUUGCAGGUGUCUCGUUAUUUGCUGCUCUUGGGUUUCUUCUCUAUGGGGGGAGGCUCUUUCUGAUGUUGCAACGCUUCCCUGUUGAAUCAAAAGGGAGACGCAAAAAAUUACAGGAGGUUGGUUAUGUGACCACCAUAUGUUUCUCCUGUUUCUUGGUGAGAUGUAUAAUGAUGUGCUUUAAUGCUUUGGAUAAAGCUGCAAACCUAGACGUUCUGAACCAUCCGAUUCUGAACUUCUUAUUCUACUUGCUGGUGGAAAUUCUUCCUUCAGCUCUGGUCCUUUUCAUCUUGAGGAAGCUACCACCUAAGCGUGGCAUCACACAAUACCAUCCUAUCCAUUGAUUCAGGGAUUACAAUGCUGUGUAGCUUGUGCUCUUUCAGUCUAUCAAAAAUGGAACUUGUUAGGUUCUGUACAGCCUAUGUGUCCAUAUAGAAGUAACAAGCAAGAAUGUAGAAAAGAGAAUGAGUCUUGGACGUUGGAUGUAAGGUUGGUUUAGAGGGUUAUGCUUGUUCUAGUGGAGACUGUAAAGUUGUGAAUCAUUGCAUGUAUGUUCUGUAUAAUAUUCUUUCUGUAAUUAGAAAUACACAACAUUUCUUCUGGUUUAACCUUUCAUGUUGAACUGCUAACUUUUUUCGACAAUUAUUGCUUCAGAAAAUCAUCCAUGUUCAAUGCUUUGAGUUGA